GUUCGGCAGACGGAAGCCAGAUCGACUUACAAGAAAACAUCAUCUAAUGGCCCGCACGCCACCGCGUCCGUAUCUCCUUGCUCGCAGGGCGAUAAGGCACGGUUUCUUGUUCUUCGCGCAGUUUAAAGCAGCGGUGCGGUCGUAUGGCCAAGACUUCAACGCCUCCCCCGCAGACCGCCAAUCAACCGGCAGCUAAUACCUAUCUCACCAUCCCCGCUGAUAAGUAGCAGCAGUGGUCCUUUAGGUAAACCCCGAGCGAUUUCCGACGCGCACAGGGGUGGAUGUAGAUAGCUAGAUAGACAGAUAGGUAGAGAGAUGAACAACGGCUUAUACCUACCUACGUCGAACGAGGCCGGUCCGCGAGAUAAGCUUAACUGCUGUUGCUCUUCCGCUAAACCGGGUGACGAAGACCCUAGCCCCAAGCCUAACGAGUCCAUAUUUAUUCUCUUGCUAUGCUAGUCCUUAGACCGGGGCAAGUUGCUCUCGCCGGCAUUCUCCCCAGCGAGGGUCGCAUCAAAUCUGGAUGGGGCACCCCGGGGUCAUCUGUCAGGUGUAUUUAGUUAACGAUAUAGGUAAUGGACACCCGUUCCCGUGCAUUCAUCCGACACUGCGACGAGAAGCCUUGGAUAGCAUACCCAUUCAUACCUCCUUGCUCAAUACGUCUCCCAUGCCGACACCAGCUCUGGGUGGCCUAGGACAACCCGAGAAGCCCCCUUGCUCGCAAGUGGCGUUUGGCGGCGAUGGUGGCCUGAGCCGAAAGAGUAAAUCCGAGACAUCGUAUGCAGGCUUACUAUUAGUAGCGUUAUCCUUCAUAGAGAGCAUCCUACAUAUCUAUAGUCACAGAAGGCCAAUCCCGCCAGAGCUAACAACACCUGUUAGAAAUAAUGACAUUAACACCUAUUUAAGUAAGGGAGACACGGAGAGAGAUGGCAGAAGCGAGGUGCAAAAGGACGUCGGUAUAGACACCUCGGAAACUAGCCUAAACCACGACAACUAUCCCUCAAACUUAUUUCCCAUACAAUCUAUACCCCCUGGUUAUCAUCCUGUCCCGCGAGUAAAGCGGCGAUGUCUCGGAAGGCGUCCGGGCCAUCACUUGGACCUUAAUACUUGUGCCCAUACGCGCUCCACGCCGCAUAGCCGAAGUAGGUAUCUCCCCCUUAACCCCUUUUCACCCGUCAUGCCGACGCCGACGCGCGAUCACUCCUAAACAACGUCGUAAUCGUCCGCAUGCCACUGCCGUCAUAAUGGCCCUCGACACUGUCUAUGCCACGCGGGGGCUUCUGAUCGCGGAG